ACUUUCGUCAUUCGUGAUUCGUGAAUCAGUUACGGCCUGGCCGCCGGGUCGAACAGACUUAGACAUCUUGUACAUAAAUAAUUAUAAUCUAGUCACAAUCAGCUCUCAGCAUUGUCUUUAUUCUUUGUACCUGGUCCGUUCGCCUUUCCCUACCUUAUCUCCUAUUAGGGAGCAUAGAAGAUAGAGAUCCCAACCAACUCAACUCUAAAUAUUUUCGUGAUAGAAAACAAAUAUUAAAAAUAUCAAUCAAGCAUUUAUAUUUCAUUUAAUAAGUUAAUGAAUUAAUAGUCUACUACAGUACGAGCAGCGCACUGCGCCAGGUCUAGUAUACUAAAUAAUCGAGCUGCGGCCCACGUACUUGUGCUGCAAAUCUAUCCUGACCAUAUUACGUAGUCGAAAUACAAGUAUGCCUACGCAAACGCAAACGUAUCGCGCCAAAUAGGCGCGUCGAGGAUGUUCCCGUCGCGCGCCGGCUUCUGCAUCAGUCUGCACACUUUCACUGCACGGGACUAUUAUACGAGAACUUCCUUUGUUUAUUUGAGGUUAGUCUCGGCAAGACGGUAAUUGCUCUCGACGGCAAGAAAAUGUGAAUAAGGAAACGCGCUCAUUCACCAGGACAGCAGCACAGACGUGGUAGCAAAAAAAAAGUAUAAAUAGUUUUGUGCAAAACAUUUAUCCGCGUAAAAAGGAUACUCUGGUUUGUGUCAAUUAGACGAGUGUUACUUGAAUUUUUAAGGUGCUAUUUAGGUGUUUAAGAAUUUGGUGCUAAAAAUGGAAGCCAUGAAUAAACCCAACUUUCUUCAUGAAACAAUGGAUAUAGAAACUGCUGAGACCUCAGAAGAGGGUUUGCUAUCAGAAAAGCAGCUUGUGAAUAAUUGUAUGAAACAGUUCAAUUCACUAUUUGUGAAUCACCCUGUGAAGCCUAAGCAGAAAAAUUCAAAGGACUCUAUUCGUUGUAGAAAAGUGGGAAACGAUUUGUAUUUGAACAAGAAGCACGACUCUGGCACGCAUCAUAGAAUUUGGAGUCUGUAUACGGAGAGCAUUGCCACAGCUCCUAAUGAUUCAGAUGAACUGGCCUUAGCGUAUGGCAAUAGAUCUGCUCUAUUAUUUCACCUCAAGGUAUACGAAGAGUGCAUAAAAGAUUGUGAUCAAGGGAUUAAAAGAACUGGCUCGGAUUUCUUGAAAGCCAAGCUUUUGUUUAGAAAAAUAGAGAGUUUAGUUGCCUUGGAAAAGCAGACAGCACUGAGCACUUGUAAAGAUGCUUUAAAAACUUUUGAACAGUUUACACUGAAUAAAGAUGUGAAGGAUAAGUUUAUAGAAAAACUGAAUGUUAUCUUAAAUACUGUACUGAACAGUAAGUUCAAAGAAAAGACUGUAGAAAAGAAAGAAAUGCCUCUUCCAACUUUUAAACAACAAACCGAGGCCCCAUGUGCAUCUACAGCAGUGUCUAUAAGGUAUAACAAGAAGUGGGGGAGACAUAUUGUUGCUGAUCGAAGAAUUGAGCCUGGAGAAGUGAUUGCAAUUGAAAAAAGUUAUUUAACCUCUAUCUGUCUUGAUGGAAUGUAUUUGUUCUGUGCCAACUGUGUACAACAGACAUGGGCAUCUAUUCCAUGUGAGAGUUGUAUUUACAACGUUUACUGUUCACAAAAAUGCAAAUCGGAGGCUUGGAAAAAAUAUCACCAAUAUGAGUGUCCAGUCAUAUCUCAUUUGUACAAUCUCGAUUUGAGCAUAUAUCCUUUCAUAAAUAGGCAUGAUUUAGAUAAUGGUAAAAUUUUUGUAAGAGCUUUGACAUCAGCUUUGAAGUUAUUAUUGUUGUCUGUUAGUCAAGUUGGUAGUAUAAGUAAAAUGAAAAGGGAAUUGAUCCAAAUUGAAAACUGUGAAGAUCCACGUACUAAAGGCUUUUCAAAUAAUGAAGUGUUCCACAGUGACAGAUGUAGGAGUGUUUAUAGUUUGACAACCUCUAGAGAUCAACUACACCAUGAUACCCUUGGUGUUUAUGUAACAAUGGUGUGCGUUGCUACAUAUUAUUUGGCUAGAGAAUCAACUUUUUUUGGAAGAAAAGUAAAACUAACACCAGUAGAAAUGAUGCAAAACGAAGAUAUCAAGUUGAUUGGAGCUUUGCUACUGAAAAGUUCACUUUUACUCCCUAAUAAUACCUUGAAAUACUUUGUACACAGAGAAAGUACAAUAAUAGGUCAAAGGUACGGAGCUGCUUUGUAUCCAUUUUGCAGUCUUUUUAAUCACAGCUGUGAUCCAAAUGUCAAAAGUAUUCCUACAAAAUGUAAUAAACGAAUCGUUUAUGCUAAACACGUUAUAGAAGAAGGAGAACAGCUGUUCCUGUGCUAUGUCGGUGACAAUUAUACGAUCGCGCCUAAAGCUGACAGACAAAAUACUUUACGAAGUGCUUACCACUUUAAAUGUGAAUGUGAUGCUUGCUACGAAAAUUUGCCAACUACUUUACCUUUUGUCAAGGAUUUAAUAGUGAUUUCUCCUAGAAUAAGAAUCAAUUUGGCAAACAAACACAAGUACAUAGAGAAAUUGCAAAAUCAAGUAAUGACUAAUUUACAAAAGACUGAAUAUCGUUAUGAUCCUAAAAUGAUCAAAAUGGUUAGUAAAUUGAUGGUGGAACAUGCGAACCACAUUACUGUUCGAAGCAUGGACUAUGAGAUGUUUGAACAUUUCAUAUACAUGAUGCUGGUUAAUGCGUUUGGGACAUGGUUGAAUAUUCCUGAGACUUGCUGAACCAAGGCAGGGUUUAAAAUUUUCACUAUCUCAACGAAGAAAUACUCGCAUUCUAACUAACUUAUUUCUCUCUCAAUAAUUUAUUGCAUCGUUACACUAGCACAAAUUAUUUGUGUACACAUUCAUGUAUUAUUUCUACAUCAUAUUUUUCUACUUUUGUAUGUAAAACAUAUAAAUGAGUCUCAGACACGAAAAAAAAUUAAUAAAAUCACGGAGAAGACGUUA